AUUUAUAAUUAAGAAAAUAAACAUUUCAUUUUCGAAAUUACUUUUGUCAUUACAAAGAUUACAUUUCAUGAAAUACAUUUUAGCUGAUAUUAGAAACAUAAAUUUCAUAAACUUAUUUAUUAAUAAAAAAUUAAUUUGAUAAUGGCACAUAUUAAGGGCGUUAAUACGGUCUAGUAGAUGAGUCACCCGGAUGAUAUUCAUCGCAUGUUACAGCAUCGUACGUCGGCGCACUGAACCUCAAUCGAUCCCUUAUUCUUGAAUCACGUGAUCACAACGUAUCGUAGUAUCGUCAUCAAAGAGCAGACGUAACGAACGGCUGCAUCGCGCCGGCGGCCGUGCAUCUGGUGCAGCGUUUCAACAGUGCCGCACCUUAGUUUGUCUCGCCUCGUCUCGCUCUACCUCGCCAACUUUAUCAUUUUCAUUCUUAUCGCAAACUAACAACGCGCUCUCUUCACUCAUCGACGUGGGCAAACACACGCUGAUAUAGUCGCGUGUGUCACCGCGUGUAUGAAAAUGCCGCGCAAGAGAACAUCCAUGAUACACGAGACAUCCGUUGGAUGCAGAAACGCUGCUAAAAAUCCAAGGUGAUCUUUGUCUUUUCAUCGCAUACAACAGAUUCGUUUUUAUACUCUGUUUGAAUAUCGAAAGCUUCAUGCAAAAAAUGGAAGAAUCCCAAAGGUAUGAGGAAUCUGAUAUGUAUAAGGAACAACCACCUUGCAGUUUACGAAAAUUAGGAGACAUGGUCCCUGCACGUGUCGUGUUGUACAUGCUCUCAUUUUCCGGAUUCCUUGUGUCUUUCAUGAUGAGAACGGACAUUAAUAUUGCUAUGGUGGCCAUGGCAAAGCUGCCGUCAACGUCGAACAAUGAAACCACCGCGGUGACGUCUCACUGUUACACAAUACCAAAUGCGUCAUAUGUGGAAAAUACUACUAUAAUCAGACCGGAGGAUGCUGGAGAAUUUGAAUGGAGUCCAGCUACUCAGUCGGCUAUUCUUAGUUCUUUUUACUGGUGUUACAUACUCUCACAAAUGCUCGGUGGUGUUCUUACUCAGUAUUUCGGCACUAAAACCAUAUUCGGCGGAUCUCAAGCUGUCACUGCCGUCUGCAGUUUGCUCAUGCCAACUGCUGCGGAGAUCCAUUAUGGGGCCAUGAUAGCAUUGCGUAGCAUACAAGGCAUUGCAAGUGGACUUACGUGGCCUGCCAUGUACGCCGUAAUCGGGCAUUGGAUUCCACCCGUGGAACGUUCACGCUUCAUGUCUUCCUUUCAAGGGUUCAGCAUCGGCAUCGGAUUGACCUAUCCAUUGUGCGCGUUCAUCAUCGCCCAUUUCGGAUGGAGGGCCGUAUUCUACAUGACUGGUACGAUCGGUCUCAUCUGGUGCAUCUUUUGGUAUUUUUGCGCCUUCGACACUCCUGCCUUGCAUCCUCGAAUUUCUAAGCCGGAACUUCGUUAUAUUCAAGAAUGUGUUAGAAAUCAAGUUAUCGGAGCAAACGAAGACUUGCCCGUUCCUUGGAAAUCUAUACUCACGUCUUGGCCAGCGUGGGCUAUUGGUAUUACAACCUUCGGAAGAAUAUGGGUGCACUAUGUCUUUAUCAUUCCCGGCCCGAUGUAUAUGAAGACGGUAUUAGGAUUCAGUAUACAGGCAAAUGGCAUUCUGUCGGGUGCACCAUUUAUCUGUAGCUACUUAAGUUCUGUUGUGUUCUGUUAUGUUGCGGAUCUUCUAGUUACGCGACAAAUCAUGACUUUAAUAACUGUGCGCAAGAUAUUUACCGCGCUGUCUCAAGUAGUUCCCGGAAUACUUGUAAUUUUAAUUGGAUACUUAGGUUGCGAUAUUAUCCUAGUUUUAAUCGUAUGGUUCCUAGCUGUUACUCUCAUAACAGCUGGCUAUGCGGGCGCAAUGGCCAAUAUCGUCGACAUAGCACCAAAUUUUGCUGGGCCAGUAUUAGCGUUCGCGCAAACAAUUCACAUGACCGCUAGUUUUCUAUCUCCUAUAGCAGCUGGUCUGCUUACACAAGAAAGCCAAUCUCUCGAUUCAUGGAGAAGAGUAUUUGCAGUAACUGCGGGUGUAUCUUGCAGUACAUAUAUUGCUUAUCAAAUAUUUGGUACAGCGGACAUACAAGCGUGGAAUUAUCCCGAUCAAAAAUAUCCUCAAUCUCUUCAAGAAGAUUCUCAGCCAUUAAAUGACACGUCGCGAGAAACGAGCAAGAUUGUUCCGAGCCGAAGAAAUCCGUCAGAACAAGCGUAACGUAUUUUUAUUUCGAUAUCUAAUUUUUUGCUAUCAUCAUUCCUUACGUCAAAACUUAAGUCUUUAACGCGCAAAACACAGUCGAAUAUAUAUAUAUAUAUAUAUAUAUAUAUAUAUA